GACAGCCCUUGAAUGUAACACUACCUAAUGCGUUCGGUUUGGGGGUUAGCAUCACUCCAGCAAUAUGAAUUGGUUUGUGUUGGGCCUCUAGUACGAUUUCAGCCUCGGGGAGCUUCUAAGUAGUAUUUAGGCAACAUUAUGAUUAUCUGGCAGUGAACAGCCUCAAAUUGCCCCCAUGGGCUUCAAAGCUAAGGUAGCUUAACAUCAUCUCCUCGAACUGAACGUUAUGCUAACCACCGGCAAUGACUAGCUAGCUAGCUAACGUUAGCCUCUAUCAGUUUUUGGGUUCGUUGAUCUUAAUGGGUAGGGAAUUAAGACAUUUGCUUGUUUUUUCAACAAAGUAAGCAACGUGUGUAAUAUAUAACUUACCUAUAUAUAUUUUAGAGAAAAUCGUUUUAAAAUGGACCUAAAUUUUUACUCUGACCUGUCGGACGGUUGUGCUCAAAGUGUUGAUUCGGAGUUUUUGGACACCGAGGCAUAUGGUGGAUAUUCCGAGGAAAACAAGUUUCCAGAAGGCAGCGACAGUUACCUCACCAUCAGUGGAGGGGGGCACCCUUUUUUGUCCGCUGAGACAUUCCAUACUCCCAGCCUCGGGGAUGAGGUUUUUGAGAUUCCCCCCAUCUCCCUUGAUCCAGACCCGACUCUGAGCAUCAGCGAUGCUGUGGCCCACUUUGAGUUGACGGACGGGUCAGAUGGCACCAGGGGACCUUCAGGCUCCCGUAGUCUUGUUAGCAACCUGGUGGUCGAGGCCAAUGAUCCUUCCUUUGCUUCCACCUUUGUGAGCCCUGGGUCUCAAGGCCUGGAGCAGCUGAACCUUGGGGCAAUGGGCCAGGCUGGAGGGGGAGCCCUGCUGAGCUCUUCUGCACUGGAACUGGGUAAUUCCAGCGGUUCACAUUUCAGCAGUUCAUCCCCCAUGACCAUUGAUGUGCAACUUGGUGACAUCGGUCAUGGUCUUUUGGGAAGCAGUCAGCUUUCCACCAUUAACCAGUCUGAGCUGGCACUGGGUCUCGGAGGUGAAAACAUUAGGCAUCAUUCAGAGACAAUUGAGCAGCCGCUGUCUGCAACACCAUCACCAGCUGGUUCCCUGCAGGAUGAGGACAUGGAUGACUUCAAGAGGAGUGUGCUGGUAGACUCCCCCAUGGCUUUCUCCUCUCCGUCUGCCCUCUCCCAAAUGUCCUCCCACCCAGUUACUACAUCUGUUGUAUCCCUGGCUACAGCCAGGAGGGGUGGGGGGAAGCCGGCCACACUGGCCCCAGUGGCUGGACCAGUGGGCGCUAAGAAAGGGAGGAAGAAGAAAGACCCAAAUGAACCCCAGAAGCCCGUUUCAGCGUACGCCCUGUUCUUCAGAGACACCCAGGCAGCCAUUAAGGGUCAGAACCCCAAUGCAUCUUUUGGAGAGGUAUCAAAGAUAGUGGCCUCCAUGUGGGACAGCCUGGCUGAGGAACAGAAACAGGUGUAUAAGAGAAAGACAGAAGCAGCCAAAAAGGAGUAUUUGAAAGCCCUGGCAGCUUAUAGGGCCAACCAGCUCUCAGAGCCUGCCAUUGAGGAGAUGGAGACAGCCCCUUCGCCUCCUCCACCGGUGGUCAACGUGACACCAGCAGCCGUUCCCUCUGCUGCUCACCACGCCAUCCGCCUGGCUAACAACAACAACCUAGAAGAGAACACCAUCACCAACAUUUGUGCCUCCAACAUCAUCCUGGACAUUCCGGAGAGGACCACACGUUCCCGCACGGGGGCAAACAAAGCCUCCUCUCCAGCAGCUGCAGUACCCCCGGCCCAGACCAUCACCAAGAUCAUAAUCCCAAAGCACAUGUUGCAGGCAGGGGGCCAGGUGGUGACUGUGUUGCCCGGAGGGGUCCGCACUUUGCAGCCUACACUGGUGGUGUCCGGUGCCUCUCGUCAGCCACCUCCACUGCAGCAGAUGCAGAACGCACCGCUUCCACCGCGGCUCCAGCAAAUGGCGCCAGCACCUCCCCCCUUACAGGCCAAGCCCCGCGAGGGAAGCGCCACGCCAGGUCUUCCUGUGUCCAUCACGGCUACACCACCACCUCCACUCCAGAUAAAAAUAGUCCCUGCCUCAUUGCAGGGCAAAGAGGCCCUGCCAAUUAUUGUCCCUAAUACAGCAGCUGUGUCAUCUACAGUGACCACAUCUGCCCAAUCUGCACCCAUGGUGUCCGUGCAGGUGGUGAACUCCACUGAUACGCCAAGCAAUACAGACGAGGAUGAAGUUACAGAAGUGCUCCCUUCAGAAGAUGAUGAGAUGGAGGUGAAUGGGUCCACUGAUGCCGCAACUACGAAGAGCGUGUGUGUGAGGGUGGGCUGUAACAACCCAGUUGUAGAGAGUGAAGACUGGGACAAAGAAUACUGCAGCAACGAAUGUGUGGCCACUCACUGCAGAGACAUAUUCAGGGCAUGGUGCUCGAUCAGGAAUCAGACCAUGGGAACAGUGAAAUAAAGAGCAGCCACUACCAAUCACAUUAACAGAAUGCUUGUUUUUCACUGAGAGUGAGUGUUAAUAGUUGAAGGACCGAUGCAGAUCUGGUGCUAUACAGAAAUGUCAAAAAUGUAUUUAACCACAUUAUCAUAGUCCCCUCAUUGUUUUGUACAUGUACUGUAGGUUUGGCAGUUGCUGUUCAGGACAAUAAACGAGUAGUAUUGCUAAAUGGCACUAAAUUAGGACGCAACUCCAUGUUAGUAUUUUUGGUACACAGACUUUCUAAUGAUAUGUCUGCAGUGUGGGUGUUAUGUUUUAUUAUGUGUACAGCUUUUAGUCAGGCAUCAUGGGACUCAAAAGGCAGCUAGAGUAAAAAUCAGCACAAUUAAGUAUUUAAGUUAAUUACAAUGGUAUUUUUACUAAAGCCCACACAGGUCAGUUCAUACUUGUUAACUGGGGGGAAAAUCUGUUUUUCAAAAAACAAGGAAAUGAUCAACAUUUCAACCUUUUCACAGCAUUUUGAGAUAUGACUGUACACUGCUCACUGUCUGAUUUGAAAAAGAAACAUUUCCAUUUAUUUCUUCACUAAGCCUUCGUUUGAGUAGAAACUUAGUUUGUAUCAGUCUCUACCUUGUUUUUGUACUGCGGCACUACAUUGGCCAUGUCGGUUUAUUAUUGCCUUCAUUUUUUAUGUAAACAUUCUGUUCAGAUCAUUGCCAGUUGUUAAAAAUCCUAGACUUUGAUGCUUUCUUAAUAAAUGAGCAAAAUCAAUUUUCCUCUUUUUGCUUGGCAUCUUAAAGCAACGAAAGUUACAUCUUCAGACUGUUUUCA